AAGCUGACAUCAUGCAACCAUCUCGCGGAGCGAGCUAAAACAUCUUCACACCAUUCCACGCCAAGCGGUGGCGACGCAUUCAAGCAGCACCGGUCCGACUCGCACAAGGCGAGAAGGAGGAAAGGCUCGCAGGGCGUUGGUUACCAAACGUUUCCUCCUCACCCUUGCAAAAGGAUAUUCAAAUGCGAGGGUAACACAAUUGCACAACAAGGCGAAUAAGCACCUUUGUGUCUCGAUGUGAACGAGAGCGGAGGGAGCAAAAAGAAACGCUGCUGUCACCAAGCACAUUAUAAUGGAUGUACUUCGCGGAAUAUGUGGAGAGCGCAUAGAUACCGAGUCUCGCAUUGUAAAUGCAGUAGUAUAUACCUGGGCUCGGAUACGGAAUUAUUAGUCUCAAAGUUAAGCAAACGGCUAUCGGUAGACCAGCAUUAGGCAUUCCUUCAAAUGAAGUAAUACAGGCUGAAGUGUAGGUGUGUUCAGUGUUGGAAGCAUGACAGGCAAUAGAGGAGAAAACGUAUACGAAAUGUGGUUGAGGCAAGUGGAGAGAAAGCGAUGGAUUUUUCAGGUGUACCUGUACCGCUUCGCCUUGGACACUCAGUAUAAAAGGGCACGUAUAACUUGCAAGAAAAUACUGAUGGCAAGGUUGUGUUCACUUACAUCUGCAUCUGUGUCAGAUGCACAGAGGCCGUUUGUCGGGUGUGGGCAGUUUCUGUCUUUUUCGCUUUCUUUCUGCCCCCCACCCUCCCCCAUUCUCCUUCGCCGCUAAGUGUACUUGGAACAAAGAACAGAAAAGGCCACCGUUAAUAGUAUGGUUGCAGUUCAAAUGGGCACGGAGCGGACGGAUGCGAAACUUCCGCAGUAAACCUGAAUGAUGUGCACCUGAUUUUCCCUUUCUUCUUCCACAUGCAGGUGCAAGGACGACCGGAAGCGGCCGCCAUGAUGGUCAGCCCUCGCCUUCGGAAGUUGCUUCCGCUUAUGGCUGUUUCCUUCUCUUUUUUUGCCGCCACAGGCAGCCUGAGCCCAUUCCUGGGCCUGCAGCUGCGCGCCGUCGGGUUGUCCGACGAGGAGUCCGUGCUGGUGAUCACGGCGGCCGCGUUCGCCAGCCUUCUUGGUCCCGUGCUCGUGGGGCUGGUGGCUGAGCGGCGGCGGGCCUACCGGUCGCUGCUGGUGCUGUCGCUGGUGCUGGCAGGCGCCGGCUACUCGGCGCUGCUGGCAGUGCCCCCCGUGGUGCGCAGUCCGCGCAGCCCGCUGCUCGAGUUCGACUGCCCGUCGGGUCUGUACCUGGAGCGCUGCCCCGAGUGGGACUCCUGCACGGCGUCCGAGCUGAACCCGCUGGGGCUGGCCACGUUCCGCGUGUCCAACUGCCACUACCAGUGCGGCGGUAACCGCAGCAGCAGCAGCAGCGCCGAGCGGCGGCAGCCCAUCCACUUCUGCUUCCUGAGCCACGAGGGCAACCUGUGCAUCAUCCACGAGGCCGGCACGCGUGACAAUUCCACCACCGAGUUCGGCGCCAGCUUCCUGGCCAAGACGGCGCGCACGCUGGUCGACGUGAGCGUGGCCAAGUUCCUCGAGCACGAGGGCAGGGGCGACGACGAGCUGGUCGACGUGUGCAGCUUCGACCUUCUCGCGCCCAUCGUCGUCAAUCAGAAGCAGUUCAACGACUACGAGUGCCGUCCGCACCCGGAGGGAUGCACCAUCCGCUGCUCGGUGGCCGUGGCCGACAACCUGGGUCGCCGCAUGCAGUCGGCACGCUGCACGCAGGUCAAGGGCGACCCGCAGCUCACGUUCUGGGCCACGCUGGCGCUGCGGGUGUUCGCCGACCUGUGGCUCAUGACGGCAUUCUACCUGGUCGAGGCGGUCACGGUGCUCUCCAUCAACGACUUCACCGGUCUCUACGGACGCAUCAAGUUCUGGGCCGCGCUGGGCGUCGCCAUAUCCGCAGUCGUGACCGGAGUGCUGGUCGACUACUACAGCGAGCUAACGGGGGCCGCCGACUACUCGCCGGCGGUGUUUGUCUUCGACGGGCUCGCUCUCGUCUCGUGUGCGCUGGCGGUGUUCCUGCCCGCCGUGGAGGACAAGAAGGCCAACCACCUGCUGCACUACGGCCUCGGCCAGGAGCCCCGCUUCUGCUCGCUAGACGCGAGCGUUCUCUUCUUCCUCGUGCUCGUGCUGGGCACGGUGUGGGGCUACAUGGAGACGUACCUGCACUGGAUGUACGCCGAGAUGGGCGCCAGCCACCUGCUGGUGGCGCUGUCGCUGACGCUGCCUAUGGGCUGCGCGCUUCCUUUCUUGGCCAUCGCCAAGAACCUGGUGCGCAACAUCGGUCGCGCCAACCUGCUCGUGUUCGGCUUCCUCUUCUACGCGACGCGCGCCGCCGGCCUCUCCUUCGUCACGGCCCGCUGGUGGGUCGCGCCUUUCGAGGCCAUGGAGACGUUCACGCUGCCCGUGCUCUGGGUCGCGCUGGUCGCGGCCGCCCAAAAGGUGGCGCCCUCCAGCCAGAGGCUUACCGUCCAGUGCGUCCUCGUCGUCCUGCACUUCUGCGUCGGCCGCGGAACGGGCACCAUCGCGGGCUUCUUCCUGAAUGCCACUUUCGGCCAGCGGACCACGUUGCGCGGCGUGGCCAUUGUGUGCGCGGGUGUGGGCCUGCUCUACCUGUUCCUGUACCACACGUGCCUGCGCAGGAUCCGCAGAAAAAGCCGCCGGCGACAGUCCGCCAUGCCCGCGACCAUCAACGGCGGCUGGUACCCGAUGCAGAACUCUCGGGCGAACGGCGACACGCCCGCCCACCGGCCCAUGAUGGGCGACCAGGACGACUCGGACACUGGCGGCUUCGAAGACUCCGGCUGGUCACACAGAAAGAACAGGAACUGACCCCUCGAGAACGAGAUUUCCGGUCAGGCGAACCACCAGGAGUCGCACGGAAGAGAUCGGCCCUCGAAAAGAGGGAACACUUCACCGCGGGACAUACCUGCUGUGUGGCCCUGUUGCAGAACUGUAGUCCGUGUUUCCGACGAUGCGAGAACAACCAAUUCAGUUUUGGAGCUGCUCGGAUUCCGCGAUAACUAGCGCCGCUGCAGCAUCCCGGGCAGCGUAGGCACACACACACACACACAGUGGCAGCUCUUGCCCGGGUGGGCGAGUUGGUGCGAGUUAAACACAUUGGCUUCAGCGCAACGUGGAUGAAUACACUGCGUUGUCGUCGUCCUUCUAUGCAUCGUUGAAGCUAGUGUACGACGGCGAAAGGCGAGGGAGGCCAUAAUAAUUUGCAACGUUAGGUGCGCGUUAGGAUGUGUGAACGCGGAGCGCAUGUAGGGUCCGUUGACCAGAGUGGUGCCUCGACCGUACUGCGGCGUCCGCAGUUCUCAACAGCGCUUCUGGACUACGUAGGCUUAGACUGCUGUGGCAAGGACGCGCGCGGAUGCAUUGUUGCGUGCUUCCUUGAACCGAGCGUUGCUUGCGAGCGCUUGUCUUGCCGGAGUGUCGUGCGCCCUUCGCCUGCUCUAUUCGUGCGCACAUUCCCGCUGAAUGUGCAGCUACACCAAUCCAUCUGUUUGAAGCAGCGACUCACUGCACGGGGACACAGGAUGCGGCGCUUCGUGAAAUAAGUUUGUGAGCCGAGUGCGUGGCGAGGAAGGGGAAAUUGACCGUGGUAGCAGAACGAUCCGAGUCGCUGUGCUGUGCAGUAACUUGGAAAAAAUCCAGCUUGAUGAACAAGUGCCUGUCGACGAACACUGUGGUCUUUGUGCUGCCAGAACUUCCGCGGUCUGCUAGUUGCGCUUGGUUCCCGUCGGUGCAGCGAUCGACGUUGAUCGAAGUGCAGAAUACGACGAGUGCAAACCGCGCCCCGAUAGGUGUCGCAACGCCAGCGAAGUUAAAAAUAAAUUAUGUGGUUUUACGUGCCAAAACCACUUUCUGAUUAUGAGGCACGCCGUAGUGGAGGACUCCGGAAAUUUUGGCCACCCGGGGUUCUUUAACGUGCACCUAAGUCUAAGUACACGGGUGUUUUCUCAUUUCGCCCCCCAUCGAAAUGCGGCCGCCGUGGCCGGGAUUCGAUCCCGGCGACCUCGUGCGCAGCAGCCCAACACCAUAGCCACUGAGCAACCACGGCGGGUACCAGCGAAGUACGUGCACACAAAUCGUACUCGGCUUAAAUGUAGUAGCGAGAAUGUGUCACACGCCCGCUUCUUUUCCCCUGCCACCCUGCGGCAUUUGAUACUAGAAAGUUCGAUGCUUUUGUAUUAUUGAGGCUCAGUGCCUCGAGUAUCUUAUGCGCUUUUGUUAAUAGCUACUUUUUCGUCGGCCGCCCUUGCAACUGUGUCACAUGUGACUGAAAGCGUUUACUUAAUUAGUGAUAAAUAUGUGCGGUGGCUUCUUUGCAAUACCGAAGGAAGAUUCCAGCCGAAAGCACAUAUUUUCGCGCUGAUCGCCAGUAGACAGAAAAGAAAAACGAGCGCUCUUUCUUUUUUUUCGCGUCUGUUGAACACGGCGAAACGAUGAGCAGGCACGUAACGAGCGAUGUGUGCACGUGACCUAAACGCUUGCGUAAUAUCAAAUUAGGCCAACCUGCUUGAUUUUCAAUGAAUGAUGCAUUACAGCACUUAAGAAGCAAAGAACAUGUCUUGUGAGCUUUGCGUGCAGUACAUGUGCGAGUUCUUCCUCGUGUUCUGCGUUAGCUGCAAUAUUUUGAGCUCUCCGUGCGUUGUAGCAAAACGCGAGAAAAGUAUUACCGGUGCACAUGUGCGAAUGUAGAUGCGGCACGCAUACCGGCAUUAGAGCUCGAGUUGAAGUAUCUGUCAUUUGUCGUACACGUCGCAACAGUCUAUGAAAGUUGCAAAGCCAGAACUUCGAAGCUUGCUCUACAGCCGACCAUUCCUUUCCAGAGAAAAUAGUAGUUUCACACUAAACAUAUCAAACUUAGACUAAUAUAAGCAUAUUUUUUAAUGUAUUUUCUUGAGCUAAGGCGUAUAUAGGUUUUAUUGGUCCCAGAGGAACUGUUGGUUUAUGCUUUACUGUUAUAUUUUCCCCUUCAUCGUUCCAUCUCAGGGAAGUCAGUAAAAUGCACUCAACUGCGUUGAAAUGCCUUAAACUGCUCACGCAUGAUGCCAUUCGACAACGACGUGGCCGUUUCUGGGUUCACUGCCAGCGUGCCCACACAACAGCAUGGAGCAAUGCCAAGGCGCUUAUGAACAACUGGUGCUUAAACUUGACGGGCCUACCGUAGCGCGAUAACACGCAGCCUAGCAGGCGGAGGCAACAGCACAUGCUGCCCGAUGUCGCGUCACCAAAUUUGCCGCUCAUUUUGGGGCACAUGCAUGCAGCUUCUGGCCCGAGUGGGCAGCGGUGUACUACAACGUGCAAAGCUCGCGCGCUCCUAGCAACGCGCGUGGACAGAGCUCGGCUGUACGCAUCGGGCUAUGGGAAGCGUUGGUGCAGGCGAGCGUAUGUUAGCGUUAAAAAUGACGUGCCAUUCUUGUGGCCUCCCUGUCGGACGGCGACAGCGUGUUGUCGCUGCGCACUAGAACAGCACCAACUGACUUGCGCUAGCUCCCCGUAGACGCUUUCGUUUUACUAUUUCUUGAAGGCGCAGUAAAAGAAAAACAUAAGAAUGAAUGUAACCACGCAUCUUGGAGGAACUCCAUUAACGGUCUUUGUCAUCUUGAAGCCAUGUGCCGUGGUCACAGCCUGAGCGCCGGACAUGUGGUGCGCCUAAGCACAGCAGCAGGCAUCACUGCCAUACAGUUGUGGCGGGCGUUCUUGGUAGGAUACCCGUGUGCCCCCCUCUCCAUUAGGCGAGUUUUCCUGAGCCGAGCUGGGUACACGUGUUCGAUGAGUGUCCACGUUCCGUUGGACAUUCAUUGCUCCAAGCAGGUUCUUUCCGCAGGCAGCACACAGGGGAUCUCGGGCAACGGCGCCGCCUAUCUCGAGCCGGGAGAGAAUUCGCAAAGGAGCACUGUCAUAAUUGUGGCGGCAAUGCUGAAGGCACCUUCGCUUCCGCGCAAUCCGCUACGAGCACGCCGCUGCACUGUCGCACGCUUUCCCAGACGAACCAGCUUUGGUCAGUCGCUCCUUGUUGGGCGACAGGGCGAAUGAAGCGUCACGCGAGAGAGCCACAACCGUGCAUCUGCGCGAUGCGAUGCCGUGAAAUUCCGAAGCCCCCCGUGUAACUGUGCCACCACCGUCCGUGACCGCGGCCUGCUGUGCUUGAAGCUCCCCGUGUAGUUGAUCUUAAACAAAGGCACGCGAAGAAAAAAAGAACAGGUUCGUAACAAUAAUGACACAGGAAUGAACGCUCGCGCUUUCUUUUUUUUUUUUUGCCUGUGUCUUCCUCGCCUCAUUUAACGAGCUAUUCCAGCUUAUAUACUGUUCGAAACGGCACAAUCGCUGGUGAGAAGUCCAUGGUUACUGCUGAGCGGGUUACAACGGACACUUAAUCUCAAUUUACAGUCCGGCAGUCCCGCUCUUUUAUACUUAGUGUGCUUAAAGUUAAGCGCACAUUAAGUUAAAUGAACACGUGAACAACCCAAAUGCCUCUUCCAAAGUGCGUUACGCUCCUAGGAGAACACUUCUUUCGCGGUGAGUAAAAAAUUAUAAAAAUGCAUAAUCAACAAAUGUUGAUAUCUUGAUCGCUGUAAAAGAAUUGCACAAACUGAACUUGCCUUAGAUUACGGCUCUCUGCAAGUUUUCCAUGUAAAUGUAGACUUUAAUCUCCGAAACAAGAUUUCGUAAUCAUUCUGACAGCAACUUGCCCUGUACCGCGUGCCGUCCUCAAAGGAGCUCAAAGCAUCUAUGGAAGACGUUGCUCCGCCUCGAAUAAAAUUAGUUCAAGUUUGAAGGCAUGGUAUAUCGCUCGCCCUUGUGCCCGCAAAAGGGGUCCGUCACGAUGAAGCUUCACCUCGACUUACCAGUCAUUGCGUAUCCCGGCCCGCCAUUCGGGAACGAGGGUUGUGUACGAGUCACGACUCAUUCCGAACACUUGCUUCACUGGACGAUGGUCGCAGCUUUCGCUGCCGCACCAUUCCCUGCACGCUUGGGAUCGUUUAUUCUAAGUGCGUGUUGACCAUGUUUCCAGGGUGAGCCCCAUUAUGGACUAGUGCGAACAAGCCGUGUUGUGAGUGUCGUUGUAAAUAAAAUAUACGUUCAUCACUGAA